CGUCACUCAAGGCAGGGCUGGGCCACUGUUGUUGUAGUGUGUUGGGGCAUACAGGCAGUUAUUGCCAGUUAUACUCUGGUUGAUGUGUAGACUGGGUGAGGAUUGAUGAAUACUCCCACUGGAGUCGUCUGCUGAUCUCGAAAUCCCCCUCCCCAGCAAGAUGAUGCAGGAGACGAGUGUUGUCACUGAGGACACUACUGACUAUGACAGUUUUGAUGAGCAAAACUAUGACCGACCUGCAGAGAGAUGGGCCCCUCUAGGAGCUGCUGUCAGCCCUACACCAUCACCAUUGGAGUCCAGCCACUUGUCUGAGACAGAACAGCUGAAGACCCUAGAGGAAGAACAGGAGCAGCUUAACUCCUCCCUCCUGGCUCUCACUACCCACUUCGCCCAGGUCCAGUUCCGACUCAAACAGAUAGUCACAUCAGCCCCCGAUGACAGAGAGAACCUGCUGAAGGAGCUUGAGGAGUUUGCCUUUAAGGGCAUCCCAGAUGUGAGAGGCUGCAAGGUGCAGGACGCUCAGAUCCUGGAGGAGAUGAGUGACAAGGAGCAUGAGAUGAAGAUAUCGGAGCAGAGAGAGAAACAGAGGGAGCUGAUCCAGCAACUCAAGUCACAGCUCGAGGACCUUGAGACAUAUGCUUAUGAGACUGGGGACAAGGAAGUGAUGCCCACCAACCAGUUGAUGGAGAAACAGAGAGUUGUCAUUGAUGAACUCAAGCACAAGUUGGACCUGGACCUUCAGAACUUUGACAGACUCAGCACUGAAGAGCUGAGACAAGUUGUGGACCAUGCAAUUGGACAGAUUGUGAACCCAGCCAAGGUGAAGGAGAAGCUGGUAGACCAGUUAAAGACCCAGAUCACAGACCUCGAGAGGUUUAUACAGUUCCUGCAAGGGGAGGCAAGCAGCCCUGGUCCUCUUGGAAAGGAGAGAUGCUUCUGUCCUGUACAUAAGUUUAAUUUUCAGGGAUCAGAUGAUACGUCGGACAGCGCCAAGGAAUGCUGCCAUCCGCAACAUAAAAACAAGUUCACAGGACAAAAGAAUCAAAAGCAUCUGAAUGAGUCGACAGCGUCACUGAUGAGGAAAGCACUGACGAUGCUCCAGAUCUACAUCAUUAGUCAGCUCGGAUGUGGCAGUCGGGAGUUUAAGCGGAACCUGCUGAAGAAAACAGCUAAGGGGAAUCACUGGGGUGAUCUGAGGGCCAAGGUGGAGUUAGCGAUAGACAAGACUCUAGAAAAGGCUCAUGAACAGGAAGAGGAAAUAGAGACAGACAGCGAGAAUGAAUAUUCCGAUGACUCCGAGACUGUCAAUGUGAGCAGCCCAGCCCUGACACAGUGUGUGCGGCGGGACCUCUCCAUGGCUCUCCGAGACCUCAUGCAGCAUGGCCUCAUGGAGAUUGGCCAGAGUUCAAGUGUUGUUCCGCUUGGCUGUUUCUCUGGCAAGUCACAGAGAGCAACUAAGACUCUGCAUGCCUGGGAUCUCCUACUGAAGUACUAUGAAAUGAAGCAUGGGCGAGAGUACAACGAGUCACCUGCGAGGAAACUGUCUCAGUCCUUUCACCUGAACAUUGUGGGUGGGAAGCCCAUCACAGCCAAACAGACCCUGCUCGGUGCUAUAGACACAGUUAUCACGUCACACACGCCACUCAAGAGGACCGAAGACUCCCACUUCAAGGCCUUCGUCAGUCUGGCUCUCAAUGAGAAGAAGCUGGCCACGUGGCUCCGCCUGCUGUUCCGCACACAGACACUGAUCGACUUGUACUACCAAGACUGGAGCUACAUUGCCAGGACAGGUUUUGACGACACUCUGAAAUCCUUGGAACGCCUCAAUUCAGUCAACUUCAGGCUGCCAGUUGAUCUGGCAGUUCGGAAUUUUAGCAACAUCCGUGAUGCAUUCUAGAGGGAAGGAGCUGUUGCUUGCCAGUAGACUUUCAACCACCAUGUGUAUAAACUAACAAGUGUUCAGACAGCAGAAGUAGCAGGUCACUUUGACAGGCUGUCAGUUAGCCAAGACUCAGAUCCGUGGCAGUCUUCAAUCUGUGGCAUAUAUUACCGAUUGGUGGUAACUCUUCCACAGGUGUAAUGAAAGGUGGAUACUGUGUACAGGUCAACGUAACGGGUCCACCAGGGUUAUGAUAGUUAAUGUGAACAAGACAACACCAGCUGCCCUCGCUUGAUGAUCUUCCAUCAGUGGGACAUCACCUUGGGCCGGACAGUAUGCUGAUGGUAUUUGGACUUCGGCUAUGUAGUAGACAACUGGCCACAGAUACAGGCCGGCCGUAGAUCUGAGUCAUUCAUACACAGGACAUAUAUGAUAUACCAUAUUCUAUGUAUUGAUCCUCAGAGUUCAUUUACUCAAAUAUGGCACCAUCCAUAUCUGGAUCAGGUUAAAUAUGAAAGAAGAUUUUUAGAAGGAUGUUUAGGAAAUAUCAUUUUCACUAGAAUUUCAUCUGAACUAUAUCUACUUUUAGGUAUUGAACUUGAAGUACAUAAUUGUGGUUCAUGAAAGGGUUUAGCUACAGUGUUAAAACUAGAACACUAUAGCGUGGGCGGUAAUGAGAAUUGAUAGAUGAUAUAAAGAAAAUACCGGUACUGUAAGUGACCUAGAACUUGAUAUUUUGAAUAUGGUAUCCCAACCUACAUCGAGAAUCUCUUUCUACAACUGUUUAAAUACCUUGAUUAAAUUCAUGACUUAAUUAUUUGAUCUGCUUUACCUUGAAAUAUCUAAACAUCUCUUCAUGUUAGAUUCUAUUACUUGUGAAUUAAUAGCAUACAUAUAUGCAUGAUUGUUUAGAGGUUUAGACGGAACGUAGUGCUCCUGUCUGUUCUAGUCAAUCUGUAAUCAUUGUGAUAUCAACAUUUCAAUGACAUUUGUACAUAGCAUCAGAGACUUAAUCCUGUCUGCUCGGUAGCCAUAGCCGAGAUGACGUCACUUACAGGAGUCUUGCAUCCAUGAAUAUCAGAUUCCUUGUCUUUGAAUCAUCAGUUCAUUCCAGUGUUCAAAACAGUCAGAUCACGAGUACAGGACUUUACAUUCAGAAAAGAACUUUUUCUGAUAAUUUCUCCACUGAUCUGGCAACAUUUUCUGAGGAGAUUUGAACACUGGUUAUCACUCAUAAUGUAACAAUAAUGUCAAUUCAGAAAUCCAUCAAUUAAGUAUAUGUAUUCAUUUCAUCAAAAUUUUCAACAAGUGCUAAGAUUUGUCCUAAUUGUACGAGCAAGCAUUUAUGAUUAACCUGAGGUCACCUUGAAUCAAAAUGGGAAGACUUUAUAGUUAUAUUGUGAACACCGGAUGUCCAACAUUUGAUUUUAUGCUUUAUUAAUAUUAGAGAACGGAUCAAUUUAGCUCUAUUUUACCCAGAUAUUGCUGAAUUUGAAAUGUUCAAUGAAUGAUCUCCACCACGAUCUGAUACCUGUGUAAGCAUAGUCAUAUGUGUAUGCCUUACAUUGAGACGCUGUCAGACCUGAGUGUCCUGUACACAGUCCUCAUGGUGGACGCACUUUGACUGCAUGAAAUGAAUGAAACAAAGAAUUGAGUGUUGUAGUUAGAUAUCCAUAGAUAUACUUGUGGUUGUUAUAUCACAUCUCUGCAGAACUCUAUCACUGGUUAUUUGGUUUGCCAAUGUUCCUAUCCAUCUUCUUCCUCUCCACAUUCCAGUGUUAUCAGCUGACAUUGCUGUACGUUCCUUCUUUUUGAUGGUUUAUUAAGUUUGUAUUAUUUAUUUUACUCUCUUGUUGUCAACUCCGUCAUAUGUUUAUUUGUCUUCAGUGCAUGUAUUGUUGUUGAUGGGAGGCAAACCAUUAGAAGUUGGUAUGAGAUACCUUCAAUUUGUUUAACAGUACCCCAUGGACUUUAGUACUGUGUAUCUUAAGUCAAAGAUGUAUUAACUCUUUUGGCCUACUUAAAGUGAAAUUUUAAUCAACUGUUAAUUAUGCAGUGUGCGACUUUUGCCACUUGUUUGAAGCCUGAGUCUAGAAAUAUUCUGUUUGUUCCAGUAAGCUCAGAAAUAUUAGUCCAUAAAUAGUACUAAAAUCAACUGAAAAUGAUGCUUAGGGCCAAGUUCGGCCUAGUGGAUUCCAAAGUUUUUGCCACAGACUGAUAAUGGAUUUUCCAUGUACAGUGCAAGACAGUGCCAUUUCCAGUGCAAUUGUCAGGGUUAACAAAUCAUGAGUACAAGGAAGUAUUUCCCGUGUACUGCCGUUUGAGAAACUGAAAACAUUGCAACUCAUGCAGAAUGAAUUCAGUCAUAAAUGCAGAUACAACAUGUACAAAUAGGCUGAUGGAGAAUUGCAAAGAAUGCAGUUUUUUGUCUCGAAUCAUUAUUUGAUGCAUUAACACAAGAUUCUAUUGACGAUGAUGACACAGGAUGUUGGCUGUAGCAGCAGCAUUUAGUGACUACCUGUUCAUGAUCCUGUUCCUCAAAUUUUAGUGCUAUUACUGUUGUAAAUCAGUGUUAAAGUAUAGGAGUUACAAUCGUCUUAGCACUAAGAUUGUUUCAUGGAAUUUGGCCCACAUAUAUUGAAUGUUGCGAAGCCCAGGGUUACUUUGCAUUAUGAUAGCCUACCCUAUUUCUAUGUUGCUAUCUCUUGUAUUGGAUGAUAUGUCUUAAAUGUUUCAGUUUUUUUUAAAGAAAUCCUUAUACAAUCAGUAUGUCCAUCCAAAGAAUAUAUUUGUUUUUUGUGUCCUAUUUUUGGACUGCUUGCUACUGUGUUAUCUGGAUGACAUUUCUCCUUGACGCAUAAUGAUUAAAAAUGCAUCAGACUUUUUUUUUCCACCAAGAUGUAAGCUCAAAUUUCACAUGGGUAUUACAGUGCAAGAAGAAUUAGAAGAAAAGUUACAUGAAUGUUGCAGAACAUGGAGACAUAAGCAGAUCUUUAAAUUCAUAUGUUUCGGCUAAAAUAAAUAAUAGUCUUGGUUCUCAGACACCACAUCAUUUUUAUUUCCAUUUAAAAAAAAAAAAAUCUUUAAAUAUUCCACGUCUUGAACACACGCCCUAGCAGUGAAAUGCUACAAUACUCAAGAGCAACAUGAUUUCACCGAAAUAAUUGUAAACAAAAUUUGGUUACAUACUAGUUUCAACAUAAAAAAAACAACAACAAAAACACACUGCCUGCCUGCAUUAUUUUUGUGUAAGCCAUUGCCUGAGAACCAAUUGUUUUAUUUUUUUAAGCCUAAGUUAUGUAUGCUGUUUGAAAUGGUUUCUUUUAUCCAAGACUAUCAGUGACAUUUUAGUGCAAUAAGUUAUGAAGUAUUUACUUCAAUAUUUCAUCUUUGUUUCAUGUUUCAUUUGUUAAAAUUUGUAUAGCUGUUAGUAGAAUUUAAAUGUUCCUUCCAUUGGCUGUGAAUAAGGCAGGAAGGUUUUGUGUAAAAUCACAAGCAGUUUACAAAGAUAAGGAUACAAGAUGAUACAAAAUGAUACAAGUCAAGGGCCCUUACCAUGUUAGUAAAUAAAGACCUAGAGUGGAUAAGAUACAGUGGCCGUAAAAAUCAAGGGGCAAGGAUUCCUAUUUUCUCAUAUUGACUAGCUCUAGUUGAAGGAAAUUAUUGCAUCAGUAAGUGUCUUGUACAUGAUGCCAGCAGCGUUACGGUAAUAUAAUGGCUCCACUAUCUUGCUUAUAUAUCCUAUCUCUUAUUAUGUAACGUUAUAGCUCAAGUGUUCCUGUCUCUUUCCAUACACUUCAUUCAGAGUUUUACAAACUGACUGAAAAGCAAGAUGGAAUUAGUAUUUUAGUCUGUCCCAGUUCAGCCUUCAUGGUUGUAUGGAGUGUAAAUAAUGUACAUGUGGUCUCAGACAAAGCUCAAAUCUAUAUUUAUAUGUAAAUAGUUCUAUGUCUGUUACCUGUUGUAGAAACCUGUUACUAUUUACUCAUGUGCAAUUAUAUGUGUAUCAUAAUAUCCACAAUGCAAUACACUUAAGUGUUGACUGUAGUUUACUUUUCUGUAAUAUCCUCUUCGUGUACCGAGUUGCCUCCCUUGGGUCUGCUUUGCGAUUUAACAUGUAUACCUAUUCAAUUAUUAUUGAGUGGAAUUUGGAUCCUAAAAAACAGGACUUGUGUUGGCACAAGGUUAUUCACUUAGAUUUGGUAGAGCAUAGAAAAUGCAGACUGAGGUUCAUGUGCCCUAAAAUAUAAUAUUACAUUCAUUUCAGUCAGUAUUUCGAAUCAUAAUGUGUAAAUUAUCAUUUAUGUUAUCAUAUUAAGUUCUGCACAUAACCAAAGUAUUCACAAAUGUUUACUGUAGAUCUAUGGCCAAUUACAAGUUUGUGAUUAGUGAUUCUUGCUGUGGUCUUGAUAAUGUUUUUUGCUCAACCUCUUUGACCAUUAAUCAUCUUUCUUUUUCUCUCAAGAAAAGAUAACUGUUAAAAGGCCACAUAGAUUGCAAUCCUGUGAAGAUAUAUUGAUAUGAAGAUUGAGAAAAACAGCUCUGCCAUAAUAAAUCUGCUCAUUCUGUCGAUGUGCAAUGUUUAUUUAUUUACUUCAGUUCCAUGACUUAUUAUUGUUAUGACAGGUGUUUUCUUCCUUUGUGCAUUGGCAUUGCAUUGGGUUGAUUGGGUUACUGUUACAUUCCUAUUCCUGUAGUGUGAAUAUGUUUGUUAUUCUUUGUUCCCUGUAGGAAACGUUUCAUGUAUGCCAAAACACAUUCAUGCAAUUUUAUGAUUAGAGAAUAAUUUUAUGAAUGCAUUGUUUGAUAUUGGCUGUGACAAUGUGUUAACAAUUGAAAUUCUAUUGUUCAUUCAAAAUCUUUUGUUUCAUGGUUACUGUUUUAGAUUUCAGUUUUAUCUCAUUAUACCCCUGACAUUGAAUGCAGGUUAUGUUGAUCCUUAUGGCUAUUGGUGCCUGUAAAAAGCAUUCUUUUUGAAAGCAAAACUCAGAUCCACUUCACCUUGAAUCUAUGCCAUCAGUAACCCAGUAGAAUAUGGGGUGCGAUUUGCUGUGUAGGAUCCUCAAGCAUUGGUUCAAAUCCUAGAUUCGCCUUGAUUAUGAUCCAUUUUGUCAGCACCAUUCCCAUGCUCUCAUGUUUCACCAAAGUGGUAAAGUGUAAGUCUAAGGGCUUUCCGUUCUGGUAAUCUUUCCUUACCAGAUUCAAGAGUCAAACAGAUCCCAAGUACCUGAUUCUUGUGAGAGCCAGCAGUUGAUGAUCAGGUUGUCAAAGUGUGGAACCAUAUUGUUAAUCAUGCUGUCAACCACUUGUUUGUCUGGUUAAGACUUAAUUGUCUACAGGACAGUUUAUAGCUGGAAUAUUAUGGAGAAGGUUCUGAAACCUUUCAAAUCUCUGCAUGGAGCUAUGGGGAUGUGACGACACCACUUAACGUUCGAAAGAUGAAUGAAACUGUGUUGAUAAUAUUGAUAAAAAGAGUCCCUUUUAUUUGACACUACAUAUUUGUACUCUGCAUCUUGUUUAGUUGAAAUGAAAGCAGCUGUGUGCUCCUCAGUUAUAACUCUUUCAGAACAUAUGGUACUGUGUAAAUAUCCAAUUUUACAGAAUUUAUCAUUUUACAGAUAAUAGCAUACAUGAUUUAUUAUGAUAUUAUGAUUUUUGGACAGUAUGAUUUCAUGUUCUUGCCUCAAUCAGCAUUCAACAUGUUCAUCCAGGUUGUCCUCAGCUGUACUGGUUGUUUUUGAGUGCACACAACAGGGACAAAUCUCUUCUGUGGUAGAAACUAACAUUUUAAGUCCACUAGUCCUUAAAAUGAUAAUAUAAAGCAGAACCCUAAUAAAAGGCAAACUUCUACUGGUCCUUAUGAUACCUUAACUAUUGCGAAGUUUGGCAAGGACUACAGGACUAGUGCCAAUAUCUAACGCUGCUCUUCUCUCUUUUCUCAAAAACUUUAAUGCUAUUCUAUUUUGACUAUCAAUGUUUUCCUGCUUUGAAAAAUUGUGAGUCAAUGUAGGUCCCAUAUUUAUGCUAAGAAUAGACUAGUAUUGGGUGGUCCAUGUGUCCAGGGUCUCCUUCCACAAAGUGAUCUUAGUGCUAAGAUCUUAGUCUAUGUUACAAUCUGGGAGUAUUGAUUUCUUAGCGGUAAGGUCAUUUUGUGUAACACAGCACUGGCUAGUGUAUCCUAACCUGAUGGAGUAGUGCCAUUGGUUUGUCCAGCUUCUGGCCACUCAUCAAAAACCUUGUCUUUAAAGCUUGUUUAAAAAGUCCAUAUGAAAACACUAAAAUCUGCUAAAAAUGAUGGCAUGUGUCAAGUUUAAUGCUGAGACACAAAAUUAUUUGACACAAACUGUCUAGUCUGGACUCAAAUCAUUUACAAACAGGUAUGAUCUGAUUGUGAUAUUACUGUAGCACAAAACAACAUUCACUCACUGAUUUCCAGAUAGACUUACUCUUCUUUUUACCCUGCUUUCUAAGAUAUAUUAAAAUCUUCACAACUCCAUGUGCACUCAAAUUCAUCAGAAUGAAGGGUCUCAACUGGCGAGGGUUCAGAAUGCUGAUGUGCAAUUUGUUUAUUUACAGUAUUUUGUUCUUGUUACUGGGUCCCUUACACUGAAACAUUGUUGUGCUAGAUGAGUAAAUAAAACAUAUUUUCUGCAA